AUGAAACUCUCCGUCACCAAUUCCGGCCUUAAAGGCAUCACCAAAGAACACGGCCUCACUGAGUACUGGUCCCACCGCAUUACCUAUUGCACGAGCCCUCCACAUUACCCUAAGCUCUUCUGUUGGGUCUACCGACAUGAAGGUAAAAAACUUAAACACGAACUACGAUGCCACGCCGUACUUUGCACCAAAGAAUCCAUUUCAAAGAAAAUUACAGAAGAAUUACAAAUUAAGUUAAAACAGGCACUAGUCGAAUUUAAGAAAGAUCGGAUUUCUAAACAAAACGCUAGACUAAGUCUUGCUAACAGCGUCUACGAUAAUCCCAGCAUGCCUCGCAGAAAAAUACUACUCAGUGUUGGCGCACUUAACUAUAGGCCGCCCUUGGAAAGAUCUAAAUCUGCUCCUAAACUCGGUGCUAUCGAAGAACUCUGUUCCGAAGAAGAUGAAGAGGAAGCUGAAAUAAGUAGUAAAAAGGAUGUAUCUAACUUUUAUGAUACACAAACAUUAGACAGGCGGCGAUCUGAUAUUAAAUCGCCUAGAAAAAUGUCGUGUCCGGAAAAUGUUAUAAAAAGGAUUCGGUCUGAAUCUGAAGGAUCUAAUGACGCUACUGAAGAUGUAAUAACUUUACUUGUGCAUGAAAGCAAACUUAAAACUGAAAUGGAAGAAAAGGAUGGAAAUGAUAGCGAUAAAUUAGCUGCGAUUGUAGAAAUGAGAGAAAUGACUACGACAAGCGAAAGAAAAGAGUUAUUGUCACAAAGUAACUACCUCGUCACGGAUAGCGACGAUGGGUCAGUUUCUUCGGGAUGUGAGACAGCUAGCACCGUCACUUCAUCUGAUGCUGAGCCCAUCUCUCUCCCGCAAUUCCAAGAAGAUCAUAAGGAUGAUAGUGACGAGGAGAGAGCUUCGGCUUUUUGCAGGGAAAUUUAUGAGUCGACGCGAAAGAGUAGCAGAAGCUACUCUAACUCAAUACGUGGAGUGGACGAUGGGAAUGAAUUAAGUCUAGCCUCUGAUGAGGUAAACCACAUACCGAUUGGUGAAAAUAAUGGUUUUCGACGACGAUCGACGUACCCGCCUCCUAACGGUAAUCUCGAUGGUAAAUUUGAAUCCCUACUGGAUAAUUUAACUGACGUGGAGAGUUUGCACUCGAGCACCGAGACUGAUGUUUUUAAAACUGUCGGUGACAACGACAGCGCUUGCAGCGACGAAUCGGGUUAUUCUGAGCUGCUUGAUAAAGAUAGCGUAAUUGGCAAUACUAUAAUGGUUUAA